AUGUCAACAAAUUCUAAACUAUUAUUGGAAUUUGAAGCUGCAUUGGAAAGAGAACAGAAUAAUAUACUGUCUGUACUAACGUUUCAAUCAGAAGAUUUGAUGGAGAAAUUAAAAUUGCUUAAUUAUGAAAAUCAAAUUUUACGUGAUAUGCGGAUAAAGGCACCACAUAAAUUCUAUUUUAUUAAAUCAAUAAAUCCAGGCGAACAAUUUUUUAUGUUCAUAUCAAUAUGUGCUUGGCUCAUUCGUAUGUUAGGUAAAAAUUUUAAACAGCCAGAAGAAUUUGAUGACCCUAACACUGUAAUUACGGAUAUAAUCAAUGUAUUGAAGGAAGUUGAAAUCCCUACUGAAUUUCCAUCAAACAAGUUAAUACAGGGCGCUGGACCGAUAUGCUUAUUUGUUUUAGAUUGCCUUGCUACACAGGCCUUAAAAAUAUCUAAGGUUACUUUGAAUCAUUUGCAUAUCAAAGAGGAAGAAGAAACCUUACCAGAGUAUGCUGAAAAUGAUGCUGAAGUUAUAUUAGAAAGAGUUGAAGAAGAGCAAAAUGAGUUACUUAGUGAUGAUACAGAUGACGGUGAAGAACAAUAUUUACUACAAUUAAAUUGGACAGCAACACAAACUAAAAGAACAUCGGAACUCACAAAAAAUAAAAAUUUGAAUUUUCAACCUUCAGAUAGUUUAAAUGAAAUUGAAAAUUGGAGGCUUGAAUUGGAACGAGUUUUACCGCAACUGAAAAUAGUGGUGAAAUCUGAUCUAAGGGAUUGGCGUACACAUUUAAAGCAAAUGACUACUUUAAAAGCAAAUAUAGAUGAAUGUAGUGAUGAAACAUACAAUCAGUUAAAAAAAUUACAAAGUGACAUUACAUAUGAAAUGGAAAAAGUAGAGAGUCGAGAAAGACACUUAAAUAAUGAACUUCAGACCUUAAUUGUAAAAUUUAAGGAAUUAUCUACAGAACUUUCAAAUAUCCAAGCAACAAUAAAGGAAAUAAACUCAGAACAAGAAAAUAUUACAAGCGAAUUUAAUUCAGUUAUUGCUGAGAACGACGUUGUAAAAAAUUUAAUGGAUCAACGUGGCCAAUCCAUGUCCGAUGGAAGUCCGGUUAUAAAUUUGAAAAAAUCGAUAGCUAAGUUAAAAGAAGAUAUUCAGCAAAUUAAUUUGGAAGUUGGUUUAUUGAAUCAUAGUAUCGAUCAAGAUUUUGCAAAACAAUCUCUAUUAUAUUAUGAAAUAGAAGCGGUACAAUCUGGGACAAUUUUUUAA